AUGCCGGUUGCUCUGUCUGCAAGAUGCAACGAGACCAGCUGUGGCGUUUAUAUUCCACUCCACUCCGUUCCCCUGGUGGCCAGCUCUUUCAUCCUGGGCUGUACGUGCAUUAUCGGGGUGCUGGGGAACGGGCUAGCCUGUCGCCUCGUUUACACCGACAGGUCUCUGCGCACACCGACCAACGCGCUUCUGUUCAAUUUAGCGGCCAACGACUUCGUGAAGUGCGUGCUGGACAUCCCUGCGCUCCUGGCGGUCACUGUCUGGGGCAACAGCCGCGCCGACCUGGGCGAGACGCCGUGUCUCCUGCAGCCUUUCACCUACUCCCUGAGCGGCUGUGUGCAGCUGGCUACUCUCGUGGUCAUCAGCGUUGAACGCUACCGGGCCAUCGCCAAUCCAUUGCAGAUAGCCAAGAGGAAGGUUAGGAUCCAGCUGUGGGUCCCAAUCAUUUGGUCCAUGGGCCUUAUUGUAUCAGUUUUCACCAUCACCUUGUUCAAGGACACCCCUGUGUAUGUGAGAUGCAGGCAUCAACUUAUAGACCCCCAGAAAUACUUGGACCCUUUUGGUACCUAUAUCCUGGUUCCUUGGUGGACUGUCAGCUUGUCCGUGAUAAUCAGCCACUACCUGAGAAUAUUUGUGCUGGUGAGGCAGCACAAUAAACGGGUCUUUGACAGGGGGUUGAUGCCCACCUCUUCAAAAGGGCAUGACCAACACCUGCCAGGAAUAGAAGGGCAGAGCAUGCAACGGAAGACAACCAUCAAGGUGCCAACAACAGUGGAAGCCCCAUGUUCACAAGCUAAGCUCAGCCCCGGUCUUCAGUUGGCGACGGUGUCCUGUGCCAAUCAGUGCCAAGCUAUUUCGAUGAAUGAUUGUGUAUCCUCAUCCCUCAACGCUGAUGCCCCCAACAUAAUGGGAGCAGUGUGCCUCUUCACCGGCAAAUCCAGGGAGCCUGCCAAGAAAAAGAUGGAAGGCAAACUUGCCAAGCGCUUUGGUUAUAUCAUGUUAACCUUUCUGGUGUGCUGGAUGCCUUUAGUUACUGUUUUGCUGCUGAGCAUGUUUUUGCGAAGUUCGAUGCCAUUGCUGCUGGAGAUCCAGACACCUGCCAUGGCUUUGUCCUGCAUUCCUGCUGCUGUGAACCCCUUCAUUUACACCAAGUUGAAUCAACAUUUUCGCUCUGAAAUCCAGCGAGCAGUCACCAGAUUUAGGGGUAGACGCAAGUGUCUGGCUGUUAGAACAUAA